GUCGGCUGAAUAUGACUGACUCAGCAGUAAAAGACUGGAGCAAUUACCCAUGGAAAGUUCGUACUCUUUGCAUUCUGAGCAGAACUUCCAGUAAAAUCGGAGGGCCCAACAAUAUAGUAGAAAUCAAAGCCUUCUACAAAACAUUAAAAAAGUGGUUUGAAUACUCAUUAUUUAUUAAAUAAAGAAACGCCGGUUCCUCCAGAAUUUUGCAGAAAUGUUGGCAUAACUUUGGCAUGAUCUUGGACAACUUCAGUGGUUCAGUGGUACCCAACAUUCGCGGUUGAUGAGAUAUGUAAUUACCAAAAAAAUUUUUUUUAAAGAUUUUUUUUUUAAUGUUUUUUAUAGAAUGCAGAUUUAGAGACAUUAAGUACUAAGGAUUUUAUAAAUGCUACAAUUUCCCUUUCACCAUCUGUUCUGAAAGUGUCACAGUGGAAUCUGAAAGUCAAGCCCAUACACUGGAAAGAUAUUGGAGGCAUGAAGAAAAUAAAAGAAAGACUACAAAUGUGUAUAGAACGGCCACUAUGUCAUCCUGAAGUAUUUCAAAGAGUUGAUUUUCCUUGUCCCAGAGGUGUAUUACUAUUCGGCCCUCCUGGCUGUUGUAAAACCACUUUGGCAAGAGGACUUGCUACUGAAUGCAAUGCAAAUUUUUUUGCAGCAAGUCCUGCACAGAUAUAUUCACCUUACGUUGGAGAAUCUGAGAAAAAUAUUUCAGAACUGUUCUCUCAAGCUCGGCUUUGUGCACCAAGUAUAAUAUUUUUGGAUGAAUUGGAUAGUUUAGUUGGCUGCCGGCAAUUUGAUACAAAAACUCAAAAUAUAGGAGAAAAAGUGUUAUCAGUUUUAUUGAAUGAGAUGGAUGGAUUUGGUGCCAGAUCAAAAUUUGCCAGAAGUAGCUCAAACCUGAAGGAUAAAAUGAUGGAACGUUGUUCUGAUGAAGUGAUUGUUGUUGCUGCUACAAACAGACCUGACCUUAUCGAUGAUGCAUUAUUAAGACCCGGUCGCUUUGAUGUGAUACUUUUCGUUCCUCCACCAGAUAUUGAAGAAAGGGAAGAAAUUCUUCAAACUAUAACUGAAAGUGUGCCCAUGAAAGAUAUAAAUUUGAAAACAAUAGCACAAAAGACGGAACAUUUUUCUGGUGCAGAUCUGAAAAAUCUUUAUCAAAAGGCAGCAUUGAAUGCCCUAAGGCAAGACGUAUCUGCAAAAUUUAUCACAGAAGAAAAUUUUGUUGACGUUUUGAGAAGCAUGCAGCCAUCUAUCACUAGACAACAAAUUGAAAUGUAUGAAACGCUAGCAAGUAAAUAUGGACCGUUAACAACUAGAUAAACUUACCAUUUGUUUCAUGAAUUUAUAGUAUUACUUGUCCAUAUUUGCCUACUGAUACGGUCUUCUAAUACUUAAAAAGCAUGUACUUGUAAUACAUGAUUUGCAAUACCUGUAAUAAUUUAAUAAUAAAGAUAUACUUUUUAAAAAA